GCUCCUGUAAGUCGCUCUGGAUAAGAGCGUCUGCUAAAUGACUAAAAUGUAAAAUGUAAAUGUAAACUUUGGGGAACAAACACAAAUCAUGUUCUAAAUUGAAAUCAUCAAAAGCUACAGCUCAGAACAUAUCUGUGUCAGACUACUCAAAGACCUGAAGACACCAAUUAGAGAGUUAGAAACAAAUCCUUCUAUGAGGGAUGGAAAUGAAAAGAUCAACAAGGAGAAGCAGGUAGCUGAUGCUGUUGACACAACCUCAACUUCGUCAGCCAUAGAAUUGAUCAAUGAAGAGGCUGCAAAAUCCAGUUCUGGGACCACCGCAAGCAACUUUGUGGAAAUCCUUCAACACAUUGAGUAAGCACAUGAUCUGUCUACAAGCAGAACUUGCAACGAAGGCAAGCCACAUAACACAGAAACAUCUCAGGAAACCCAGAGUAAUUCCACUUCUCCUCAGAACAAAUUGCCUCCACCGAAAUGUACCAAUAUUGUGGAUAUAAGUCAAGACAAUGAGGGGGAAACUGAGUUGAAAAAACAGGAGGAGGAUCUGCCGAAAGAAAAGGGAUUACAAGCUGAUACAGACUCUAUCAAAGAUGGGGAAGAGACCAAUAGUGUUAUAGCCCCUGCUAAAGAGAGAAUUUCAGCUUCUGAGAACAUGGAGUUUCCCUUAGAUGCUGCCAUCGAGAUUCUUUGCAGCAGUGAGUUCAAUUCAACCACACCCAAACCACAUAAAGAGAUGGCUCUGGUUUUGCAGCAUACUUAUGGUAAAAUGGAGACAGAGAAAGCAGACACAUCAGAUAGAACACAUUACUGCACCUCACAGGAACAAGAAGACCAAAUCGACACACCUCCCAGGGAGGUGAAACUCAUCACUACAUUAAGAGAUUACUUGACUAAAUUUGAGUCCAUUGUUAAGAAACCAGAGCCAAAGACAUCAGAUACACUCUGUGAAACUGUGGAAAUGAACUUGCCACAGAUUUGUGAAACUCUCCAGAAUAAUGUCAACAACCAUAAGGAGCAACCAGUUCAACUGGUUGUCCUUGACAGGGUGGAGUUGCCCAAUCUGAGACCAAAUGCAAUGCCUCUCCCAAUAGAGAUAUGCAGUCUGAUUAUCAACACAGAGAAUGACCUGAUUCAUAGUAAAGAACAGGAACAAGAGGCGAAAACAAGAGGUAACAACAAAGAUUGUUAUAGCAUUCCUUGCAUUAGCCCUGAUAGUACUUCCUUGUUGGAAGUCCCUGAAAAGUCCACUCAAACUCCUAUGGACAAGAAAACCACUGAAGUAGAAAUCUCCACAACUGUACCUGACAUUAACCAUGAUAUUACAAAUGCAGAAAAUGAUGCCUCAAAAGAAUGGCAAAGACAGAAAAAUUGCACUCUUGAUGCAAACAACAUGACCAUGCUCAAAGCACUAGCAGAAUUAGAACCUGAGUAUUCAGAAUUUUGUAAAACAAAAGAAAACGCCAACCAGAAGCCAACAACCCACAUUGUAAAGCUGAACACUAGGUAUUUUCAUAGAAACUUCAGUGUGGCUGAUAUCUCAAACGUAUUAAUGCAUGGAGACAAAGCUGCUUCCUUGGUUGAACUUUGCCCGUUGCGAGCCAAAAGCAAAGUCAUGCUGCAGUACUUCAGCUUAAACUUUGAGAGAAAACAGAAUGUUGAGGCCAAUACAACAAUCGUCUCAAGAGAUCAGAUUUUAGAGCGAAAUCUGGAGUGUCCUCCUGUACCAAUGGAACUGAAGUACGAGGCAUUGAAUUCUUUCCUGGAUCUCCAGAUAAUGAUGGAGGCCUGGCAGUUUGUAGAUAACAAGAUGCGAUAUUUGAGUGGACAAUCUACAUUUAGAAGUCUGCUGUGGUAUGAUCCCACCCUGUAUGGGGAACUCUUUAAAGGGAAGAUGGGAUUUCAGCAGCAGUCCUCUUUAUAUUCCUCUUUCCAACAAAGUCUUGUCAAUGAAGGCCCAAUUGCAUUGCAGAGGUACCAUUUAGCUGUCUCUACAUUGAAUCAACAGCUGCAAAGGGCCCCAGAAAUGUCUUACUACAUGUAUCUCAAAAGCAAAAGAGAAAGGCUGGAGAUUGAGGCUGUAUUACGAACUCCCUCAGACAUACAGAACUUCUUCCUAUCUAUACCACUGUCUUGCAUGGUCAAUUUUGGCAACAGUGUGGAACGUUUACAGAGGGUCCAGGGGCUUGUGACUACUUUCACAGAGACUCCCACAGACAAGUUGGAAGCCGGAUUCGAUGUUGGAAAGGCAGAGCACCUUGCCAUGGUGUUCCGAUUUCUUCAGGAGAAAAUCUGCUAUUUGAAAGCUUGCAGCAACACGAUGGUCAGCAAGACGUCUUGGUUUGGCAUGGAACACAUCUUGUAUGACGCUUCAAAGAUACUGGUGUGGAGGGACGCGAAACAGGGUGCGAAGCAUGAGCCGCUGGCGAAAUACAAGAAAGCAAAUCCACAAAUUGUCUAUGGAGUGACCGAAUCUGGUGUCUCACUGUCACAUACAAGCUUUUCAAAGAGGACCCAGCUCAUGGUUAAGACAGGGACCCCAACACAGAGAGUCAGACUGGCCAACAGAGUCUAUCGAGCUAGAGGUCGGGGUCGGGGGAGAUUGCCUAUGGAGAAUACUCGCUGUGCUGAGAAGAAACAUGCUGAACAUGGGUCUAUGCCAGUAAUAGACCUCACAAGAUCCCCCAACAGGGAUAACCCAGAUGUAUACCACUUGGCCAAACCCCCAAACAACCCUGCAGCCCAUUUCCAGGCUUGGACACACCAAGAGAACCUUGCCAAGAGCCAGGUUGUAAACUGGGUUGAAAGGUCACGUGAUACGCAUGCAAUGGAGAGGAAUAUCCCUGCAUCUUUCUUACCCCAACCUGUGCCACCCUACCCUGAAAUCAGGGCCUGUCUAAGGACUAGUAAAACUGGGACAGUGCCAAACUCACAGAUCCAGUUACCUGCCUCAUUGGGAGGGGUAGGAAGUAAAUCAGAUGGGUGGCAACAGUGGACCCAAAGCUGGAUCCCCAACAACCCCCAGAACACAACAGGAAGUGAUCUGAGGCCAGUGCAUCCUCUGUGGAUUGGGGUUAGGGACAAUGGUCAUCCCCCCAUCAGAGAGCAUGUCCUAUCAGAGCAAAUGCAUCAGUCUUCCUGGUCUAGUCUGUCUUCCUCUCCUCUCCAGCCUCCUCCAUCUGUACCAGCAGGAAAUACAGCGCAACAAUCUCUGCGCUCCCUCCCACCUCUCACUAGCACUACAAAUUAUGUCCCUCCCCUGUGUGAGCCCACUCCUAUAAAUUACCCCUUUUUCCUCCUGAAUGGUCAGACCUAUUCCACUGCCAAUCCUGAAUUAUCCACAGCAACUAAUAGCAAAGAGGGAUUUCAUCCCUAUCCUACUUGGAGUAGUGCUGCUUCUUUAUCAACUUUUAUGGAGCAGGUUUGUCAAGCAAACAAGGACAUUUUGAAAAUGAGGAAGUGAUGGUGUUUUCAUGUUGAAAUACUGUUCUGUGUCAGGAAACAAAUAUCAAUCAAAAAAGGAGAAACUAAAAGGGGUGUUGGAAACUAACAGAUUUGAGUUAAUAAAUGUUAUGUUUAAUUCAGGGCAAUUCCACGGUAAUGGAAUUACACUAUGUUUGACAAAAACGAUUUAUUUCAAAGUUUAACAAACCAUACGACUCUACGCACAAAAACUACUUUUAACAAUUUCCACUAAUACAUUUACAAAAACAAAUUUAGUGGAAAACUCUGCAGAUACAAACUUUGGUAACAGAAUGAUGGUAAAAUCUCCCUCAGGUUUUUAUGCAACCACGUUUUCCAAAUAUCUGUUAAAU